AUGGAAACGACAUUAACACAGAACAAUUGGAACCUAUAGAAGAAAAAAGGUCACCUAGUAAUUCCUUAAAACAAGAUCAAAUUUGCACCAAGUAACAAAAACAAAAAAAUUAAAAAACAGGUUUCUAGUAUGCCACCAACUGAAAGAGAUAAUAAAUCUUUACCAACAACGAGAAGCGAGGGCUAGUUAGUAAGUUAGAAUAUCGUGUUGCAAAAUGAGAGGCGGGUAUCUUCAAUGAAACGAAUCGAUUAGCCAAAUUUGAACAUUGAGACACUCUAAAACUCAAUUUAAUAAUCAUAAAAAGAUUAAAGUCAAAAGAGAGAAAGUGAUUCGUAAGCUACUCCAGCUAGUUAAAGAUAUGACCCAAGUGACACCUAGAAAAGUUUCUACCCUAAAACAGCAUCAAAUUAAAAGCAAGUAAAAAAGAUUAUACCAAAUAAUGCAAAUAAUAAUAGCGAUGGGACAUCACUGAUAAAUAAUGGAUUAUUAUAGUCUAAUUCACAACCAAUCUUAAUAGAUGCUUCUUAGAAGUUCACUUUUAAAGAUAUGAUUAAAAAGAGAGAAUCCUAUAAUUUCUAAUAAGUGGAUUAGUACAAUUUGACUUUUAAAAUUUAGGACAAGUCAAAUGAAUUCAACCCUAAAAUAGAUAAAUCAUAGUCCUCUUAAUAAAAUUAGUAUCCAUUAACUCAGUAAGUUAAAAAUCUCAAAAACUCCAUUCUUAACGAUAAAUUUGAAUAAAUUUCCAAGUUCCAAUAUUCAGUUUAAUUGGAAAAUGAGUCAGACAAUUUUGGAGUUAGAAAAUCUACUGAUUCAAGACACCAAUCUUAAGAUGUCUCUCUUAAUGAGUCUUCUUAAAGGAUUGAUUAAUUGUCAAACAUCAUUGAAAAUUUGGUUGAUAAUUAACGUAAACUUUAAGAAAAACUAAUGGAAAAUUAGAACAUUAUAAGUAAAUUAAAAUUAGAUAAAGUGACAUCGUAAAAUUCGAAUUCCUCUGACAAACAAAUAUUAUUUAAUAAUGAAAUUGAACAUCCAAGGUCUAGUCGACUCUCUAGACACCCUAGUGCAUAGGAGAUAAGCCCAAGGAAAAAUUUUAAUGCUCUUGAUAAAUAUCGUAAUUAGACAGCAAUCAAGGAUAGAAGAUAUACAGUUGAUGAUUCGGAUUUAUAUCAGGAAAGCUCGCAUAAGAAUACUUAAAGUUCUCAUCAUGAUUAAGAUAACUAAAAUUAGACGACUAACAUAACAUAAUAAAUCCCAACUAACAGUGACUCUUCAAAUCAGAACUUUUUAAAUAGACAAGCCCAGAGUCAUAGGAACAUUUCUCAUAUUAAGUAAAUAAAAAAUAAUGUAUUGAACUAACUGCAAAUAAGAAAGAGUUCCUUAGGCCAUUAUAAUAAUGAAAGCAAUACAAACAAUGGCAAUAAUCUCAUGUUGAUCCUGUAAGAAUCUUAAGAUUCAAAUAAAAACAACAAUAAAAACAGAAAACAAUCAUAAUAUACGAAUAAUGUUAGUAAUUUCAAUACUAUUAAUGUGCAAUAAAAUACCUUUAACAUCAUGAAAGUAAGUAAUAGAAUAAACACUGAGCUCAAUUUUAAUCUACCACUUCAGCCAAUAAAAAGGGAAAAAAUAAUGUUAUCUGAGUAGUCGUAAAAGAAUUUACGAGAUAUCGAGUCUUAGAGUCGAUUGAGAAGUGUUAAAAAGCGUUUUGAAUUCGGUAACUAGGGAGAGAGCUCAUCUUAAAUCUAGGAUGACUAAGACGAAAUUAGAAGAUCUUUAGAGAGAAUAUAAAACACUGUAAAAUAAAAACCACAGAUCGGACAACUAAAGGAGGAACUCAAAUUUUAGCAAAUUCUUGAGGAAAGUAGAUUGAACAAAAAUAGCAGCUAUGGCAUUAAAAGGAAGUCUGUAUUAAGAGAAUAUGAAAAAUAGAUUCCACCACUUGAAAUGUUAGGAGCCGAAAAAUUAACACCUCUAAAAUCUAGACAUGAUCCUUCUUUAAAUCAAAUUAGUGAGAUUUUCCUUUCACCUUAGGCUGAUAUUGAGUUGAGAGAAGAAAAUCUGCCCAACUUUAAGACUCUUAAGAACCCAUUAUUCAUAACUCCUUAAAAUCCUGGAGUAUAAAAGAUUGAUAACUCAGUUAGUAAUGCCAACGAUGCUCAUUUGAGAUUGACUUUUAUGAAUAUUAAUGAGAACUAUGACAUGGAUAGCAGAUAUGAGCCAGCGAGAAGUGAAUCUCCAAGAGUAGACAGCAUGAAUCAACAGAUAAGAAUCAAAACUAGGAAAUCCAAUAAUGGGGGUUUAUAGGCUAGUAGGGUUAAAUCUCUAAUGAAGAGUAAAAAUCACUUCCCCAAAGAUUUUUUUGAUCUCACGUGA